GAAUGUUGUGGAAGAAAAGUUAUUUUCUGCGACCGAUGAAUCUUCGCUUCUGUUCCUGGAGAUUGAGCUUCUAAGAGCCAUUAACCAAAUUGUAAUAAGAAGAGUAGAUUCAACCGGGAUGGAUGUGCAAAGCAAAACAAACAUGUGGAUUGUCGUAGUCAGACAAAUGAUUGAAACCUGUCGCAAGGGAUACCUUAUAAAGGAAAAAGAUGUGGACCAGAUUACUAAUCCUGAGGAAAGAGGAUUGAUACCCAGAGAAUUUGAAAGAUUCAAGUCCAUAAUUAUCCUAGACAGUGGUUUAAGAGAUGUUAUACCUCCUGCAAUUUUGGAGAUUAUAAGAGAGAUUUCCGAUUCAUUUGAUACUCUAGGAUCUUCGUUAUCCUCAUAUCUUUUAUCUGAGCUCCUCUUUGUUGUAGUAGGGGACGAUGUUGCAUUUAUAAAGGAUGCAAUGUGUAUAACCACAAAGUAUCUCGAGAUAUCGCUGACUAACCAGGAGUUUUCGCCUUCAAAUGUGGAAAGAAUAAUAACAUUGAUGAGGCUUAUUUUGGCAUUUAUUACUCACAUUGAGAACAAAAACAACGAACUUUUAGAACUUGGGUCAGAGUGGAGAUCAGCAUGGGAGGGAAUAAUAAUGGUACUGUUGAUCCAUGUGUAUACAUCUUCAUACACAUUGAAUAUUUAAACAUUGUUAGUUUGUUAUUAGAGCCCCUGUUAUAAUACUAUCCCAAUUUGCUAAGAUUCGUAUAAAGCUAAAGAAAGUUGACGACGAUACCGGAGAUGCUAAUCGGGCACUAGCGCUCAA